AUGAAGACCGUUAGCUAUUCUCUAAUUACGGUCAAUCUUCUAUUACAGUUCGUGGUCCUAUCACUCUGUGUCGCAGUGACUCUAUGCGCCUCAAUCCAAGAAGAUAGAAAAUCUGCAAUUGAUUCUCUAAGAGAGCAACCGGCUCUUAUACACGAAGAAGUUCACGAUGAGUUCGGCCAGUAUUUCCUACACUACGUUACAGCAGAAGGCAUUGAAGUACGGCAGCGGGGUCGCCUAAUACCCAACAAAGAUGGAACCGACUAUGUUCUUGUCACCGAAGGAGAAUUCUCGUAUGUCGGAGACGACGGCAAGACCUAUCUUACCAAGUACAACGCUGGACUCGGUGGUUAUAAAGCACAAGGAAGCCAUAUUCCCCAGGUGCCCAAAAUACCUGCGUAA